AUGCAGGAGCAAGCGAUUAUGUUAAUGUUAUUAUUAACGAGAUCAGUGUAGAGUGGGCAACAAUCUAUAUGCAACUUUCUACAGUGUUUUCCUCAUUUUCGCGCCGAGAGUCUGGAGAUAAUUUCUGUUUUAUCAGCUAAAUCACUCUUAAGAAACAUGUUUCGUUACAACAUUAUUUUCAUUUCAAUUUUCUUAUUAUUGGUAAGCUAUCUUAUACUAGUAGAUUCUUACGUGCCACCUACGCCAACGUUUGAAAUUUUAAAUCCAAAAGGAAUUCGCAUAUCAAUACCAGGUAAGUAAAUAAUAACCAUUAUCAAGUGAUACAGUAUACUGUCAAUUUUUUUUUUUUUUAUUCCAAAAUUGUCAUAUAUUUUUGUUAUAUGUUGGUUUUAUUGGACAAAAUCUUACAAAAUUGUAUGUCUUUAUUAUAAUAACUAAUUUUACACGAUAUUUUACACGUGAUUUCUAAAGACUUUUUACUAAUAAAAAGUAAUAAACUUUUUCUAAAAAAUUAAAUUAUUACACUAAGAUAAAUUAAGAUAUUUAUUAACAUUUAUUAAUAAAAAUGAAGUAAACUAAAUCUGUAUUUUAAAAUCUACAAAGUAGAAUAAUAUGAGUUGUUAUUGAUACUUUGUUAUCAAUAUUGACCACUUCUCUUUGUUAUCAACAAAUUACUUCUUCAGUUCUAGCACAUACAUCUGUUUUUUUCCUUAUAGUAAGUUUAUGCAAUGAACAAAUUCUUAAAAAGCUAAAUUACAUGAUAAUAAUAAUUACAUAGAUAUUUUUACUAGAGCUUUCUCGUCAGAAAUUUUUUUAGAAAUUUCGUAUAUAAUACAGUCAUUUUAUUACGUAUUUAUUCAAAAAUUUCAUUUUUAUUUUAACAAUAUGUUUUCUAUAAUAAAUACAACGUAUUCUUUCAAUUUUAUAACAGAUGAACCAAACUUGCAAUUUUUUGCGUUUCAAGGGAAUAUAAAUAAGGAUAUUGAAUUAAACGAAAUGGGGCGAAUAUCGAACGAAGUAUAUAAAAAGAAUAAUGGAAAAUGGACAAUUCAAAAUCAAAAUAUAAACUUAGUAAAAGGAAAUGUUAUAUAUUAUUGGAUUUACGUGCAAGUUAAUAAAGUAAUGUAUAACAAAAAAGGAACCUGGAAAGGACUAUGAAUUUUGUAUUUACCACAAUGAACAACAUCCAACAGCAUCUGUUAAAAAUGGGAUACUCAAAAUCAAACCAAUGCUUUUAGAAAAAGAGUAUGGUGAAAAUGCAAGUCUAUAUGGAACAUUACAACUUAGCGGGUGCACUAGUAAGAUUCCAGCUGAAUGUAUGCGUAAAGCUACAUCGUUCAAUAUUUUACCACCUAUUAUAUCUGCCAGAUUAAUUAGCAGUUUCCAUUUUCGAUACGGUAAAAUUGAAAUAAGAGCAAAGUUCCCUGAAGGUGACUGGUUAUAUCCAGAAAUGUGGCUUAAACCGAAGUAUGGUUAUUAUGGUUCCGAUUAUUCCAGCGGAUGCAUUAACCUCGGUCUUGCACGUGGAAAUAAUAAUUUAAUUAACGCCAAUGGAAGCAUCUAUGAUUCAAGACGAUUAGAUUUUGGAAUCCUUAUAGGUAGAGAUACAAACGUUACAAACUACAACGCGUUCCCUCAGAUACUAGAAAAUGGUUGGACAAAAGAUUUUCAUACUUACACAACAAUUUGGGAUCUUGAAGGAUUCCAAUUUUUCGUAGACGAUAAAAAAGUUGAUAAAUUAGUUCCUCCAACGGAUGGUUGGAUGUAUGGGAGUGAUUUGAAUAAAAUGGCACCUUUUGAUCAAGAACUACUAUGGAAAUUUUGGCAUGCAAAAGAUCAGUGGUUGCCAAGUUGGAAUAAAAACACCGCGUUCGAAAUCGAUUAUAUUCGAGUAUGGUCAUUUUAA